AUGGUGAAGGAGCCGAAGAACACGCUUUUCAAUUACGUGCGAGUUGUUCAAUCCCUGGCCGUGGUGCGUUCCGCCGGGCGUGCUCCGAUACAAUGCAUGUAUUGAUGGGGAAGUGUGCUGCGAAGCGGUCUAGGUCACAGAUUCUCAUGGAGGGACAUAAAGCUGAGUACGUCAAUGCGGCAAAAUUUAUGUCUGUGGUCAGAGCGGACAGUUAAGAUGGGUGCGGCGAGUCAUAGUCGGGACGCCUGGCACUGGUUUGCUAGUCUUAACGCGAUGGUUCUCUAAGGGGCCCGAUUAGACCAAUAGGGGAUAAGAAGGAGCAAUUGCAAUGAGAAAAGUUUGGAUGGAGUGCGAAUUACUGGUGCAGGGGCCUUGGCGACAAGGGUGGUGGGGCAUGUGACAGCGGGGGCGUUUUUAUCGGUGCUAGAAAUGGGAGGAUUAGCAGUAGCCGCAACGAUGUCAGUUGUAGGACAACAAGUUCCUACAAAUUAACUUCGAAAACCAACUGUCUGACAAAAUCCUGCUUCAUCCUACAACAUCCAACUUCAGUGCAUACUUCUGUCGCCCUUAUACCUUGGCGGAUUCUGCUGCAGUCCUUCAGAAAAAUAACAAAUACGGUAUAAGUGACAACCUUGCAAAUCACUACAUAAUAUCGGUACCAACUGAAAUCAAAGUGCAAGAAUCAGGCUCCCUACAGCCCUGAGAACGGAAUUUUCAAUUGCGAUAUUUAACUUCUAUGCGCACUUUCUAAAUCUUCCCCUUUGACAGAUAAGGCAUGAAAGUGUAAUUUUAAGAUAUUUGGGUAUUUUGACAAACAACUGACAAUGGUGGGCAGUGCGUAUGCUAUUUGUUAGAUUGCGUUUUUAAAAAUCUAACUGAAAUACCGUUGGUAUUUGUGUUUUGUCCUAGUGUUUGUGUUUUUGUAUAAGAAUGAGUCCGUAUUUUGGGUUGUAUGUAGUUAGUUUUCGGUCCAGGUGCUGGUUGGAUCUGGUGUAAAUAGCGUGCCUUUCGCCGCCAGACACAGUCCGACUUUCAGGUUACUGCAUCGCUCGCGCGCAAUGGCAUCAGGAGAUGAGAAGCUCAUACAAGAAAUCGACGACCUAGAUACAGAUCAAAAGUACAAGGAAUGCUAUGAUAAAAUAAACCCACCAUCAGGAGAUUACCAACAGUUGUCCUGCGAACUUUUAUGGCGCUUUGCACGAACUUGUCGUUGGCGAAGUAAAAUAUGAAAGAUACCUUGAUUUGGUCCUAGUACUGACGGAGGGUGUGUCGGAUAAAAAAUUAAAGGCUUCUUUGAUCAAAGAAGGUUUGGCGGCCACCAAGUACGCCGUCGAGAAGUACCCCAAGAACGCUAACUGCAAUACCGUAGGUUAUUGUAAAACACGACCCUCUUGACACUCUACAGUGGUAUGGAAUAUUUCUUGACUUGGAAGGCCAACAGGAAGGGAUAAAAAAGCGAAUUGAAAACGCGUACAAAGUGAAGGAAUACUUCCAGGUGUGUGGUGAAUAGUCGUUGACGACUUGCACAGAAAGCCGUUGAGCUUGACGAAACCGACUAUGCGACACUGCACGCACUCGGAAUAUGGUGAAUAGGAGCCUUUGCCACAUUUUUUAGGUGUUAUACGGUUGCCAGCUUGGGAAAAAUUGAACGCGUUUUUGCACGAGCAUUUUUUAGUGCUCCUCCAACAUCGAGUUACGAGGAAGUAAGACGACUCGCAAAUUUUGAUGUAUUCUUCUAGGCUCUUGGUUACUUCUUAAAGGCAGAGAAUGGUAAUGGAAAGUGAAUAAAACCACAUUUUUUCAGUUAAACCAAUGGCAUUGGCAAACAACGUCUGUCGGAUAGCGCAGUGUUACGCCAAAACUGGCCAAGGCGACAAGGCUAAGGAGUACGCUGCGAAGGUGCUUGAAUUUACUGGAAUGGACGAAGAAACGAAAGAGGUACCCAAUUUUCGUUCUUUCAUCACUUUUCUUCAUAAGGCUAAAAAGGAGGCUCAGUACAUACUGGCCCACUAA